GCGACCGCGCCCUCACCGUGAAGGUGGGUGAUCCCGCCAUGGCCCGGGACCUGCGCCGGCUCACGAACGAGGACCUAGUCAAGCGCGCUGAGAAACACCGCCGGCUGGCGGCUAUCACGGCCGUCCGACCGACCCUGGCCUCUAUCCAGUUCGUCGCGGCGAAAAUUCUGCGGUCAGGUGACCCGCGGCUCUUCCUCCGCAACGCCAAGGAAGUGGAGAUCGCGCGGACACACCGGGACACCUAGAUCAAGGGAUUCGGCACCGCCGCACGGGUCGCCCUCCCCUCGUGGGGGGUGGUGGUCGCCGCCGACAUGCCCUGCCAGGUCCUGGGCCCGUUGACCGAGGAAGCGGACUGCAAGCGGAUCGCGCAAGAACUCGUGGCCAACAACUGUCACGCGUGGGGUGAGUCCUGCAAGAUCACGUACGUGGGCUGGCUCGUUCGCCCCUCCCCGGGUAAGAAACGGUCCUCGAUUGUUAUUGAAUUUACCACGCCGUACCACGCGAACCGCGCCGUCAAGGCCGGGACCAUCUGGGACUUCCAGGUCUCGGAGACCGUCCUGUACGACCGGGCGUCUCGCAUUGUUCGCUGCAACAACUGCCACCGAUACGGCCACAUAGGAAAUAUCUGUCCGAACAAAACCGUCUGUGGCGCGUGCGCCGGCAAGCACUUGACCACCGCUUGCCGCGACCGUGACACCCCCAGGCUUGUACCGAAAUGCGCCAACUGCGGUGGCGAUUACAUGGCCUGGCACAAGAAGUGAGGUAUAUAUCCAGGAGUGGGAGAAGGCUCAGGGGCGCGCACUGCACCGGCCGCGCUUCCACCAUACACCUGCCUACCUGCAGGACACGGACGUGGGUAGCGCUACGGGG